AUGGCGACCUCUUCUUCAUCGCCGUCGCACCUCCCUCUGGACCAACUCAGCCUAUACCAUGUCUCAGAUCCUUUAUUAUCGACCAUCUUUGUCUUCUACGGUCCUGUCUCCACCGCCAAUGCAACUGUGAGCAGUUCGCGCAUCCAGGCGCAUAUAUUGACCCCGGCCGGUUUUCAAAGCUACCCGCGCAUCACUAUCUCCCCCGCAGCACCACUAUACGCGGCUGUCAACCAUUUACCCCGAGAGAAACAAGGCGAUGAGAUAUCCCGUGGUCUGGCUGUUAGCAUGCUGAAAUAUUUUGCUGAGCUGUCGGAUCCUGCAAAGGAAUGCCUGCAGGCUCUUGCUCGUGCGGGGAAACCUGGAGGCCAGAUCCCGAAGAUGUUUGAUGAGAUGCAUGCCGCGGACUUGGCGAAUCGCAUGCUGAAGGUGGAUAACACAACGGAUAUAGUGCGUGAUAUUCGUGGCGCAUUUCAAGAGCGUAGAGUCCCGUGGGUUGAUAUCGAUGUUGUGCUCCCCGCGGGGACUAUCAAGCCACCCGAGACGGCUGAUACAGACGCUCAAAUUUCAGAGGAGAAUAUCGACGCGGAAGAUACUGCUGCUGUUCAGUACGGGAAGUAUACGCCUCUUAUAUCAGCACUGGGUGCGCCCAUGUUCCUGCCAACCUCUCGCCUAAAAAGAGCCCCUUCGCAACCCACCAAUGUCAGCAGGUCCAAGUUCUUUUCUAAGAGCCAAAAGCAGUCUCUUCGCUUAACCAUGUGUGAGGUAGUGGAUACAGAAGAGAGAUAUGUGAGCAAGCUUUAUACACUCGUGUGCGAAGUGGCAGAAGAGUUCCGCGCGAGGGCUCAAGGGAAACCGCUUUCCAGCACCAGCCCUAGCGAGACUGACCUGGCCACACUUUUCCCACCAUGUCUCAACGAGAUAUACGACGUCAACAUGGGCUUUUUGGAGGUUAUUCGAAAUGUGCUGGAAGAUACAGAAAGAGACGCGAUUGGCGACAUCACAGAGGAUACGGAGCUGCCAUCUUCUUCGUCUCAACGGAGCCUUGAGGAUGAAAAAGAUGCGAUUGGUGCUGUCGCAUUUGCCAAUGCGCUUCUGGAGUGGUUUCCUAAGUUCUCACAACCUUAUGGGGACUAUAUGCGUGCUCACAACGCCUUUACUCAAACGCUGAAUGUAUUCAUGAGGGAUAAGCAUUCGAGCUUCUCGAAACGUGUGUACGAAACCGGGGAACAAAAACUGCGGUCGCUACUCAUGGAGCCUGUCCAACGACUCCCACGUUAUAGUCUGCUGAUAGACACCAUGACGAGCAGUCUUCCUCUGAUACACCCUGCUGUACGGCCGUUGUUGAAAGCACGAGAUAUCAUCAAAGAUAUCUGUUCCCUGGAUGACCCUUCUUCUACGAACCACGAUCAAGGUUUCCAACGUUUGAAAGAGUUGGUUGAUGAAUGGCCUUCAACCAUCCUACCCACUGGCCGAUUGAUUACCGCUGUCGACUUUAACGAGCUAUCGCCACCAUAUCACUUGGACCCUCCGGAUAUCGAUCCAGAGCCAGGAAUUAUGUUACUGUACAAGAACUGCCUGGUGCUAUUGGCCAAAGCCCCGGAGUGUAGAUUGACCGCCCGUGGCUUGAUGGCUGAACUCGACAAUGCGUCAUCGACAGCCCAGGGUGUUUCUGCAGUGUGUGCUUCUUCGACAGAAAUUCGCGUCGUACAAGUGUAUGAUCUUCAUACCGUUCGUUGCAUGCAAUCCUCGUGCGGCCGGAUCCUGUUCUUGGCUCCUGCGUCAGUGACCUCAAGACCUACCCAAAACACCACCGUGGAUCUUCUGGCAUUGGAGCCUGUCGCUAUGUACGGAGGGCGCGCUGGUCGAAUAGUUGAGGAAAUCAUCAAAGCAAAAAUAGAGGGACGAUUCACAGAGAGUGAGCGAGAAAAUGGGAAAUGGACUUUGCGGAGUCCGUCAGGAACUGUGGGCAACCUCGGCAUCUUAGCUUGUGUAUUCGAAGGCGAGCAGAAUGCAGAGGCGAACCGGCCUGCUGCUUCGAAGAUCAGAGUCGUUUUCGACACGCCAAGGACAGUUUGUAGCAAGAUACUGGGCAGUUCAGAUCUCGAGGUUAUCAUUUCCGUCUCUGUCAUGGCCGAAGACCAGUAUCGUGUGCACAUGGACUCAAUAGUUGGUAGCCCUUCGUCGGACGUUGUGACGUUCGAGAGUUUCGUGCCAGUCCUCUCUAAGCGCUUAUUGAACAUCCUGCAGCCCCUGCAUGACACCCGAAAUAGCAAUAUGACGGAGUCACUGGUGCAAUCCAAUUUUGCGGUACUUCGAUAUCUUGCUGGCCAUCUCGCCUCGCAGCUCAAGACACCCCGUGGCUUCCGUCCCCCAUCGCCGUCUAAACUAAUUGCAAACCUGCUGGGCGGUGGUCAUUCAAGGGAGAGUAGCACUUCAAGCUCUAAAGCACCAGGCUCAGCUACGCUACUGGGCGAAUUCCCAAAGAUGCCUCCACCACGCGCUAAUAUCUCACGGUCUAAUACCUUGCCCUCUUCGUUCCCCGGUAAGGAGGAGACCCCGGUCAAAGUUUCCGUUGUCGGCACAACACCUUCGAAAGUCGCGGAUAGUCCCUUUACCGUGCUCGAACAAGCAUUUGCCGCUUACGUCCUGGCGCUGCAGUCACGGAGUGGGAAUAUUGUUGGACGUACUCUCCGGACAAGGGACAACGUCGACCGUUCAGGAGUCAACGAGUUAUACAACGUGUUGCUCGAAGAUCCCGCAAAGCUUCAGGCAGCAGCGGAGGUGGCGGUUGAUACACUAUUUGUGGCAUUCGAAACGUUCAUGGCAAAUGCGUGGAAGGAGCACAUGGGGCCGGUCAUCGACCCUAUAAGCCUAAAGCUGUUACAAAGUCAGUUCGAUGCCAUGUUUCCUCGAGAAUUUGAGGAAUGUUUUCGAAAAUUUCUUGCCGAUAUGAGCCCGCAGAACCGCCGGGCCCUUGCCUCGCUUAUUCGCCUACUCGCAGAUCUUCUGGAUGCCUCUGGAAGUGAUGGCGACAGAGGCGCCCUGACGGCUGCAUUUGCAGAGGUUCUAACAUCGGAAGGCGACCCCAUGCAACACAUUUCUCUUUUGGACAGACUAGUCGAUGAUUUUGACAAUCUUUUCGAGGAAUUUGUCCCGGGCGGUUCGUCACUUGAAGGGAUCUUGACGAACGAGCAGACAAAGCCCCCGCAAACCUCAGGCUCAGUUAGCUCUAAUGCGUCGUCUUUUCGCAAGCGCUUUGGGUUUGGGCUCCACCGGGAAAACUCCGGAGAAAGCAAAGUCGCUUCAAUCCUCCGGACCCUCAGCAAGAACAAGGGCUCCAAUGAUUCGGAGGCAGGAACGCCGAAAGGAUCGUUACUUGUUCGCUCAAGGUCAAUAGAUAUCGAUACCAGCUUGGGUACACUCCUGCGCCCCGGAUCUCGUGAUCGGACUGGGCCGUCAUUAUCACAGGAAGCGCUUCGGCGGCCCGGCAGUGCCCAGGAAGACCCCCAAUCUAUGAUCAAGGCCGCAUCAAAUGGGGUGGUCAGGGUUCGCCGAAAGCGGCGAAGCUCGUUGUCCGACCUACGGCCGGACACGGCAUCCUCAGAAACGUCUGCUGUAUCUCUUAGCCAAGGGCCGCGGCCUACGACUCCUGGGUCUUCUUCGAGUAAUCUUCCAGCCGAUCUCGCGACCCCGUCAAAACCUGGCCGGCCUCAGACCGGUCAUGGAUCAGGAUCUACAGCACGCAGUACGUCGCCUCUCAAAGGCAGCUCGCCUCCAAGACCAGGAUCACCUAGUCGGCGCUCGCCAGUCCGCCCGGUUACUCCCAGCCGGAAGGAGAACAUCGACCCAAUAUACACGCCAUCCGAUAGAUCUCCAAGAAAGAAGAUGGAAGGAUCCGUCUCGCCUACCCUAGAGCCUAAACGUCGGUCUCGUGCCCCUAGUAUACCUUCCUCCAAGGCCCCUGGGCUUAAGGAGCGGUCUGUGCAAGCCAACGGAUCAGAGGUUAAGCGUCCGCUGUCAUCCUCUUCCUUGACUAGAUCGCAGAGGUUACGGUUGCAGAGCCCUCAAAAGCUCCGAGACCGUCUUCAGGGUGAAAAGAAAGCACAGGCCACUGCCCAGCUAGGAUUAAAGGAUGAGCUAGAGCUUAUUGGCCUAGAACUUCGAGGAUCGAGACCGUCGCCAGUGCGGCUACAAACGGACACAGCUCUUGUUCCUGGUGCUGCAGAGGAAGACACUUUUGGCAUAAACACCGCAGCCCUGGUAGCUCGCAUCAGAAAUCUAGAGCUGGCAUUUGAAACACUAUCAGGUGAGCUAACCAGCCGAACCUCUACCAUGGAAAAGGACUUGGAGUCGUCUCUUGUUGUCAGCGAGAAACGAGCGAAAAAACUGGACGAGUUAUAUCGCGAGGCUAGCGCAGAAAACGAAGCACUGUAUGAUCGGUUCAAUUCCGAGCUAGGCAAACUUGCGAGAGAGGUCCAAACUGGAGACGGAGAGGGCGCUCUACAGACACAGCUGUCUUCCGCCAUGGACGAAAUCGGAAGGCUGAAGAAGGAGAAUCUCCGGCUCAAGAGAGAAGUUGGUGGACUUCGCGCACAGCAAGCAGCUGUUGCCUUGCUCAGGGCAAGCUCAGAUCAUUAG